ACCCUCGGGGACGGUCUCCGUUCGGUGAGAUUUCGUGUCCUACGUUCCCGACUUGUGCUCUCCUUCUGUCACCUGGGGUUUCAUCCAGAACGGAGCUCCGACGAGAAGCGCUCACUAGCGGAGCCCGGAUUCACCUGUGAUUUGUCUGCGCCACUUAGCGAGAACUUGGGAGAAUGUCCCUCGCCAACGAAGACGACAUGUCGGAUCCUGGAGAGGAGUGCAUAAUGGUCACAGGAGAUUUUUGCGGAGGCGAAGAAGAAGUCAUAUGCGUAGAGACGGCGAACGGAGAGCGGGUCAUAAACGCGGACGAUUAUUUCACCGCUGACGGCAACAUCAUUGAGAGCAGCGAGGUUUAUACGGACGAACCGCAGGAGGUGGAAAUCACCAUAGACAACGACGGCAACCCGCAGGAAGAAUCUGUCAUCGAACUACAGGAGUUCAAUGACGAUCAGGAAAUCAUCUUGCAAACUCAGGAGGAGGUGAUCGGCGCGGGCGGCGAAGAGUACGCGGGCAACGAGAUCGCGAUCCCCAUCGACGACGCCAAUCUCAUUGCAACCAUAGACCAAGCUACAACAAGCGCUUCCAAGAGGUCUCGGAAGUCGGGCGCGAACUCUCGGAAAGUUCAGCUGUCGACAACGCAACCACAUGGACGAACGAGAAAAUGGGAGCAGAAACAAGUUCAAAUCAAAACACUCGAGGGGGAAUUUCAGGUUACAAUGUGGGCUUCGGACAAUGGGAACGAGAAUGGCGAUAUCUCUGUCAUAGAGGAAUCGUGUGUUGAAGUCGAUCCCGACUUCACCGACUACAUGCAGAGCAGCCACACCUCAGGGACGACUACCAUAUUGACGUCUAACGUCGCUACGUCGUCCGGGAUCGGAAUCUCAGGAGGGGUCGAUCUCUCAGACCCGAAGCAACUCGCGGAACUGGCCAAGUGUCGUUUCCAGAGACCGAAGCCACAGGUUGAUGCUUCGCGGACCAUCGCGUGUCCGCACAAGGGAUGCAACAAGAUGUUCAGAGACAACGGAGCCAUGCGGAAACAUCUCCACACCCACGGACCAAGAGUGCAUGUUUGUGCGGAAUGCGGGAAGGCCUUUGUCGAGAGCAGUAAACUAAAGCGGCAUCAGCUCGUACAUACAGGCGAGAAGCCUUUCUUGUGCACAUUCGAAGGCUGUGGCAAGCGGUUCUCAUUGGACUUCAACUUGCGGACGCACGUCCGAAUCCACACCGGGGACAGACCUUACGUUUGCCCUUUCGACAACUGCAGUAAGAAGUUCGCCCAGUCGACUAAUCUUAAAUCUCAUAUACUGACUCAUGCCAAAGCCAAAGGACGUAAUGCUAUACCAUCACUGACGCUGGGAAAUCUCGGACCGAACUCGGUCGUGACGUACACCACGGAUGACGACCAAAUUCUUAGUCUUAAUUAAUAUUUGAGGAAUCUUGUGGCCCCUCGGAGGAAAGUCGUGAGAAAUUUACUGUAUAUACGGAUACGAGAGCUCUGAUCCGAAAAUAAACU